GCCUCGACACUCCUUCCCAGAGCUCCCGGGGAGAGCAGCAGGUCCCGAGCACUCCCACCUCCCGCUGACUAGUCGCUGACAUGACGGAGAGACGAGUCCCCUUCACCUUUCAGAGAAGCCCCAGCUGGGACCCGUUCAGGGACUGGUACCCGGCCAGCAGCCGCCUCUUCGACCAGUCCUUCGGGCUGCCCCGCCUGCCGGAGGACUGGUACCAGUGGCCCAGCCACACCAGCUGGCCGGGCUACGUGCGCCUGCUGCCCAGCCCCGUGGCUGAGCAGGUCCCGGCGGCCGCCGCCGCCGCCGCGCCCCUGGUCCCCCCGCCUCCCGCCCAGGCCUACAGCCGGGCGCUCAGCAGGCAGCUGAGCCGGGGCAUCUCGGAGAUCCAGCACACCGCCGACCGCUGGCGGGUCACCCUCGACGUCAACCACUUCGCCCCCGAGGAGCUGACCGUGAAGACCAAGGAUGGGGUGGUAGAGAUCACGGGCAAACAUGAAGAGAGACAAGAUGAGCACGGCUUCAUCUCCAGAUGUUUUACUAGGAAAUAUACCCUGCCCCCCGGUGUAGACGCCACUUCAGUUGUGUCUUCUCUGUCCCCCGAUGGGACGCUGUCCGUGGAAGCCCCUCUGCCCAAGCCUGCCAUCCAAUCUGCAGAAGUCACUAUUCCAGUUACCUUUGAAACCCGUGCUGAGAUUGGAGGUGCUGAUGCAAAAAAGUCAGAAGGAGCAGCUUGCAAAUAGAGACCCCCACGCCCUGAGCCAUCCGCCUGGGGAGCCCUUGCUCUCUCCUAGGCUGAUCCCUUGAAGCGUAUCUAUCAGUCUGCUUUCUCUCUAUCUUCCCCCCCCCCCCAUCCUUCCCUUGCUAUUUUAUACUGGAACAUUUACUGUGUUUCCUAAAUAAAGCUGGAAAAAAUACUUUGAUGAUUAAA